CGCUCUUGGGGUUGCCACGAGCUUGGUAGCAGUCAAUAGCUACCUAUCGAUCGGCAUGAUGUCUUUCCAAUCAUGUGACUCGGAGUUGAUACAUGAAAAACUUUGGAAUUUCAUUCGAUCCGAAGGAUUAUCGUCAUGCCCUGAUCCGAAUCUUCUUCCCACAUACGAGGAAAAGUGCAAAAAGGAAUGACGAAGGGGCAGAAAAACCAAAAGUGCAGACAAUUAGAGGCUCUUCGCGAACAAGGAGGCCCCAGCGACGGAAUCGCCGUUGGACUGGGCUACAAGGACACUUAUGCCACGCAGCCUGACCGCAGCCCACGCAACAUAUCCCCAGCUAAUUCCCUCAUGGCAAUAAUCUACAUUGUACGGAGUACGGGCACAUGCCGCAAGACAAUCUGGCUGUUUGCGAAAGAGAAAGAGAGCAAGAGGAGGGGCCGGGCCCAUCCUUCUGACGGAAAAAGAAGUUUGCGCAUUCGUCUACGUCCGUCCUCGUUCGGACAGCGUUCAAAAAGUUCGUUGACGUUUUCUUUCAAUCCAACGGCGUGGCACACAUCCCUGUCGCGAAGCAGCGGGAGAAAUGUUCUGGAAAUUGGGCCGACGCAGUCCCAACAAGGCCAUCGGCAUCGACAUGGAGGCUGGCACAUGCAUGGAAGCCUGGGGAGUGCAUGGAAGGGGAACAAGGAAACAGUAACAAUAAGAAAACUUCUGCAGCGCUUCGCUUCCUCGACCCGAGCGUCGAGCCGUCAGCAUCAGGUCAGCGCCAAUACGGACGCCUCGAAAGCGUGACUGUCUGACGGUGGCAAGCCUCGUCGCAAACGGUCGGCAGAACCUACACUAUUGCUUUGGAGAACACAAUUAGUUCAGUCACAUUACAGCUCACUCUGGAGUCUGCGGUAGACUGUAGUGAAUAAUGCGUGAUUAGAG